GAUCCUCAGACGGAAAGUGCAGCCUGGGAGUUGGAAGCCCAGGAGGUGGAGACGUGGUUCCCUGGGCAGGAGACAGGGGAGCUUUGUGCCCUAAGCAAGGAGCUCGCGCCAGGGUUUCCCCGUCUCUCCAUCCUCCCACGGGGUCGCCCAUCAUGCACGGGCUUUUCUUUUGCCCUCUGCUCCUUACUGGACUGGCACAGCUCUGCUGCAGGGCACAGGCCAGUGUGCCCCCAGACACGACCCCUGGAAGAGAGCCCCGAGAAGCAGUGGAAGUGUACCACCGUAAACAGGUCUGUCACUGGCCUUGCAGAUGCCCUCCUCAGAAGCCCAGUUGUCCUCCCGGCGUGAGCUUGGUGAGAGACGGCUGUGGAUGCUGCAAAAUCUGCGCCAAGCAACCAGGAGACAUCUGUAACGAGGCGGACCUCUGCGACCCCCACAAAGGGCUGUAUUGUGACUACUCCGCAGACAAGCCUAGGUACGAGACAGGAGUGUGUGCAUAUCUUAUGGCUGUUGGAUGUGAGUUCAACAGAGUCUAUUAUCAGAAUGGGCAAGCAUUUCAGCCCCACCCACUGUUCAGCUGUCUGUGCUCGAGUGGAACGAUUGGGUGCACACCCCUCUUCAUACCCAAGCUGGCUGGCAGCAAGUGCCCUGCAGCUAAAGGAGAAAGGAAGACUGGUUCACCGCAAUGUGGCCUGGGGCCGCGGCAGCAGGGGCGCGCGGCAGGCUACAAAGCAGCUUACAGGAAUCUCCCACUUACUUGGAAGAAAAAAUGUCUCGUGCAAGCAACCAAGUGGACUCCUUGCUCUAGAACGUGUGGAAUGGGGAUUUCUAACCGGGUGACCAACGACAACAGCAAGUGUGAGAUGAGGAAAGAGAAGAGGCUGUGCUAUAUCCAGCCGUGCAGCAGUAACUUGUCAGCGACAGUGAAGGUCCCCAGAGGAAAAACAUGCCAACCCACUUUCCAGCUCUCCAAAGCCGAAAAGUUUGUUUUUUCUGGAUGCUCAAGCACUCAAAGAUACAGACCCACUUUCUGUGGGAUUUGCCUGGAUAAGAGAUGCUGCGUCCCCAACAAGUCUAAAAUGAUCACUGUUCAGUUUGACUGCCCCAGUGAAGGGUCCUUUAAGUGGCAGAUGCUUUGGGUCACAUCUUGUGUGUGUCAGAGAGACUGCAGAGAGCCAGGAGACGUCUUUUCUGAGCUCAGGAUUCUAUAG